UCAAGAGAAACACUCUGAUCCAAUGCACAAUUUACAAUGGAGGGGAGAUUCACGAGAGAUAGGUUAGAUUGAGAUUAGGUUAGGGGAAAUGGAAAUUAGACCAAGAGGGAGAAGUCAGGAUUAAUAAAGAACGGUUGAGCUUGCCAUCCUAUAUUUUGCAGAGCGGAUUUUCCCUGUGUACAAUAUUCGGAGCACAGUUUGUUGAAUUAACAACUUUAAGCUUCCACUCACACACCUGGCUGGAUUACCUCUGAUUGCAACCAGAAAGUACUUAAAUCAGUCAAUGUAAUAUUUAGGUAAAGGUAAUCAGUAAAGGCAGCUGACAUUCCUUUAAGUUGGUUCAGGAAUCAAGGCAAGUGUUAAACUGUCUCUAGUUCCCUGCCUGAAGAAGCUCCCAAUCCCAGCAUAACCAAGGACCAGUCUCACCCCAGGGGUCACUCCCUCUUCUCCCCUCUCCCAUCAGGCAAGAGGUACAGAAGUGUGAAAAUGCACACCUCCAGAUGCAGGGACAGUUUAUUCCCAGCUGUUAUCAGGCAACUGAACCAUCCUAUCACCAUCUAGAGAGCGGUCCUGGCCUACCAUCUACCUGUUAAAGACUAUCUUUAAUCGGACUUUACCUUGCACUAAAUGUUAUUCACUUUAUCCUGUAUCUGCACACUGUGGAUGGCUCAAAUGGAAUAAUGUCGAGUCUUUCCACUGACUGGAGUGCAUGGAACAAUAAAGCUUUUCACUGUACCUCGGUACACGUGACAAUAAUCUGAACUAAACCAGAGCCAAAAACGUCACCUGUCCAUAUUCUCCAGAGACGACACUGAGUUACUCCAGCAUUUUGUGUCCUUUUGUGUAAACCGGCAUCUGCAGUUCUUUCUUUCUAAAUACUGUGAUGCAACAUAGAUGUCUAAUAGUCUCUCCUGGGGGAAGGAGAGUCUCGACCCGAAUCGUCACCUAUUCUUUCUCUCCAGAGAUGCUGCCUGACCCGCUGAGUUACUCCAGCAUUUUGUGACUCUAUUCUGCGCCCCCGCUAUCUCUUUGCUGAAACAACGAGGGCACUUGGAUCCCAGCAGUGGAAAAUCACCUGCAAAUCAAUGCAACACAUGCACUGCCUAGAAAUACUGAGGGGCGUUAAAUAGCGUUAGACUCCAAUGUUGGACUCUGCGCCGCAGAGGCAUGUGUUUGACAAAUCUAUAGUGAUUUGUCAAAAUCUUAAUUGAAGAGGGGAGGGGUUGUUGAGACAAGCAGGUUUUAUUUUGUGUGUGUGUGUGUGGCGGGGAAACUUGAGUCUGGUUUAGUUUCGUUGAGGUUAAUCCAUGAGCAAGUUCAAGGGCUCGCUGGUGUUAGAAAUGUAUUGGAUCUUACGGCCGGUGAGGCAACUGCGGGGCGAGAAGCAACAGUACGCCCAGUGAUAUACUAAGCAAGAUUUGGCAGUCUUGCAGCAUUGUGGAGAGAGAGAGACGGGGAGAGAGAGAGACAGAACGAGAGAGGUCGCGCCCUGGGAAUCAAGUAACAGCAAGUCUUCGAGUUCCCUAUGAAACCAAACUCCCUUUGCAAAAAACCCGAUGGUAACCACUCGGAUUCUCUCUCCUGGUAAUUUGUUUGAUGAGCUGCCGAAUACACCGAGGUGUUGUUAUUGCUGGAUGGAGCUGUGAGGUCCCAUGAAGGAGAGGUAUAGGAUGUGAAACAAUGGUGUCCUGUGCCGUCAACAAGGAUUUUGAAACCUUCUAUCUGCCCAUCAUGUACAUUAUCGUCUUUGUCACCGGAUUCAUCGGCAACAGUGUUGCUCUCUGGAUGUUCAUCUUUCACAUGAGACCUUGGAGCAGCAUCACCAUCUACAUGUUCAACCUCGCCCUGGCUGACAUCUUCUACAUCUUCUCCUUGCCCCUUUUGAUAUUUUACUACCUCCAGGGAAGCGACUGGAUCUUCGGCGAGCUCCUGUGCAAGCUUCAGCGGUUCAUCUUCCACGUGAACCUGUACGGCAGCAUCCUGUUCCUGACCUGCAUCAGCGUCCACAGGUACACGGGAGUUGUCCACCCCAUGAAGUCGCUGGGCAGGCUGAAGAAGAAGUCGGCCACCAUUGUGUGCGUGUGCGUGUGGAUUACCGUCAUGGCCGGCAUCUCCCCCAUACUUUACUUCUCCAGAACACAGGAGAAAGCUCAUGGUACACAUCUGGACACCAAUAAGACAACUUGUUACGACACCACAUCUAAGAAGCUCCUGCAAACCUACUUCAUCUACAGCAUGAGCACCACCUUCUUUGGAUUCUGCAUCCCCUUUGCCACCAUCUUAGUCUGCUACGGUUUCAUAGUGAAGGCACUGAUAUCAAACGAUAUGAAUACUCCACUCCGGAGCAAGUCCGUGCGUCUGGUCAUCAUUGUGCUGGCCGUCUUCGCCAUCUCCUACCUGCCCUUCCACGUCAUGAAGAACCUCAACCUUCAGUCCAGACUCUAUUACCAAGGGCUAGACAAUUGCGAGUGGAACAAAAGGGUCUACGCCACGUAUCAAGUGACCAGAGGUCUGGCCAGCCUCAACAGUUGCGUGGACCCUAUCCUGUACUUCCUGGCAGGAGAUACGUUCAGGAGGAAACUUACUUCCAGAGCCUUGAGAGCGGUCAGUCGGAAAGUUACCAUGGUGUAGAAACUUUAAAGACACAAGGGUUCAGUCACAAGAUGUAGGUAGUUUCCCAUCAAUCUACAACUUGUAACAGGUAUCGAGUAGAGAAGAUAGACACAAAGUGCUGGAGUAACUCAGUGGGUCUGGCAGAAUCUCUGGAGAAAAAGUAUGGGUGACAUUUCGGGUCGGAACACUUCUUCAGACUUAUUGAGUAUAGAGGUUGGGAGGUCAUGUUACAGUUGUAUAAGACAUUGAUGAGGCCACGCUUAGAGUAUCACGUUUAAUUUUGGUCACCAUGUUAAAGGAAAGAUGUUGUCAAGCAGGAAAUGGAGAUGAUUUACGAGGAUGUUGCCAGGAUUCAAGGGACUGAGCUACAGGGAGAGGUUGAGCAGGCUUGGUCUUUAUUCCGUGGAGCACAGGAGGUUAAGGUGUGAUCUUGUAGAGAUCAUGAGAGAAAUAGAUAGAUUGAAUGCACAGAGUCGUUUACCUAGCAUAGGGGAAUCGCGAACAAGAGGGCAUAAUUGUGGGGGAAAAGAUUUAAUAGGAAUCGGAAGAGCAGCCUUUUUUACACAAAGGGGGGUGGGUAUAUGGAAUGAGCUGCCAGAGGAGGUAGUUGAGGCAGGUACUAUCACAACUUUUAAGAAACAUUUGAACAGGUACUUGGAUAGAAUAGGUUUAGAGGGAUGUGGGCCAAGCACGAGCAGGUGGAACGAGUGUGGAUGGGACAUGUUGGGCAGCGUGGGCAAGUUGGGCUGAAGCACCUGUCUCCAAGCUGUAUGUCUCUAGAAAUAGAAAUAGUUCUAUUGGCUUCCCCUAGAGAGUUAACUGAGAAAACAGGUGUUGGAUGGGAUAUUGGGAGAGUGGGCAAAAGCUCAGUCCGUGCGGUAGGAUUUAGUCACGUUUGUUAAUGGUGGCACUGGUAGCUACUGAAUGUUGUGCCAAAGAGCAGGUCAGAGAACAUGGAGCAUCACUUAGGAUGAAGUUACAGAGACACGAGACCAUAGAGCAAGCCAGGCACAAUGCAGAGAAUUCAAAGCUGAAACUUCCUCUCAGUUAGAAGGGGUAACAUGUGUUGUUUGUUGGUCAUUCUUGUGUAAUACAGUGAUAGUUAGAGCAAAUGAGAAGAUACAGAAUGCAGUAUGUAGUUCUCAGCAUUGUAGCGCAUCAGUUCCAGAGAUAAUGUCCUAUGUCUGCAAUGGGGUAGAGGUGAAUCAGACAGUACCCUAGCUUUUGGAAGGACUGUUCAGUAGCCUGACAACAGAGGGGAGAAGCUUUUCCUGAGUCUGGUGGUGGGCGUAUUCAAGCUUCUGUACCUUCUGUUGGACGGGAGCAAGAAGAAGAAGGAAUGAUCGGGGUGGGACAAAUCUUUGAUUAUGUUGGCUGUUUCUCCGAGGUAGCGUGAAGCGUAGAUGGAGUCAAUGGUGGAGAGUCUGAUCUGCGUGAUGGACUGGGUUACAGUAGGAAUGUUACAACAUUUUGAGAUUUAUAAAAUCAAGUCUGCAAUUUAUCCCAUGAGAUAAAGCAUAACAAUAAGUUUAAUUUGACACCUAAUUCACUUUCAUAUCUCAAGUAAUAAAAAAGUUAUGGCCAUUUUCAUACUCGGAAAUUAGCAUCUUGUUCCCUAUUGAUUUUCUAUGGACAUAACAAAAAAGCUGUGAUCAUGGACAGUCAAAAGGCCAUAACCUUCUUAAAAAUUAAGAGAACUGAAUGAAAUUUUCAGUUAUCAUAGAUUGAACCAUUCUGAAACAAAUAUAAAAUAAUCUUACUUGGAUGACCUGAAAUUAAAGCAUGUAAUUAGUCAGUUACCCAAUUGUAGCUAAUUUCAAACUUCAAUUACUGGAUCUAAACAUCUAUCCAUUUCUUAAUAAAUGAUUAACAUUUUUAAACAGCCUAAGUGUCCAAAUAAUAUUCACAAA